UGCCGCCCCAUAAUUGGUUCAGUCCAUGGACUUUAUGGUUCAGUCCAAGCCAAGCUAAUUGUUUGCUGAUUGAUUAAUUUUGUUGCCACUGCCAGUCCAUGCAGGAGUCUGACUGCUUCCAGAGACUGCAGAUUUAAUCCAGACAUGUCGUCGUCAUACCAGCCAGGUGGCAUCAAGAUGACCCUGGAGAACGCUCACCUCUGGCAGUCCUUUCACAGCGUCGGCACAGAGAUGAUUAUAACAAAGCAUGGAAGGAGAAUGUUUCCCCACUGUGGCGUCAGAGUAUCUGGGCUCCAGCCUUUUGCCAAUUAUGUUGUCAUGUUGGACAUCAUUCCUCUAGAUGGCUUCAAGUACAAGUGGAAAAAGGAGCAGUGGGAGGUCGCAGGACUGGCAGAUCCCCACCCCCCAUGUCGUACAUACAUGCACCCUGACUCCCCUGCACCAGGAAGUCACUGGAUGAAGCAGCCAGUAUCUUUCCCCAAGCUUAAGCUCACCAACAAUACCUUGAAUCAGCACGGUCAUAUCAUCCUGCUCUCCAUGCAUCACUACUACCCAAGGUUUCAUGUGGUCCAGGCAGAUAACCCAUACACUCUCUGCUGGGGCUCUUUGAGGAGCUUCUCAUUCCCAGAGACCGUCUUCACUGCAGUCACUGCUUACCAAAAUCCAAAGAUUACCAAACUGAAAAUUGACCACAACCCCUUUGCUAAAGGGUUCAGGGAAGGAGGCACUCAUUCUCACAGGAAGAGGCGUUCAAAUAAAAGCUCUCCUGCAAAGAGACCCAAACUGGAAAGGGAUGAUUUGAGCAGCAGUUCUCAAAGCCUACAGAGGACGCCCUAUACCUCUCAGUUAGCACAGGCAGAGGAGAGUUGGGCCUUCACACAGCAGUCACUGAAGGGGGGUCACCUUUCACCCUCCGCUCUGGAGCCAGACUCAACUGAGUGUAUAAAAGUUGAACCCCCGGUGCUAACAGAGUACAGCUCCAGCAGCGAUGAACAGAUGGUACCUGCUUCCAUGCCACACCAGCCUUACAGGUCUAUUGAGUAUGUUGUAGUCCCAUAUUCACAGAGUGACACGGAUGGAGCACAAACCUCCUUCCAUCCCCCUCCUGAUUCACUUUUCGCAGCUGAACCUUGCAUCCAACAACGUGGCUACAACCACCAGUAUAGCAGCACAGCAGACUGGAGCCAGAACCCAGUCUUCUCCUACUCAACUUGGUGAAAAUUGUGAAGAUUGAUCUUUUACUGUUGUUAAAUUGUUGGAGGAUAAGACUAAAGUGUUGAAGGAUUGUGAUUUUUUUAAGUAAAGUGAAGAAUUGACCUUCCACUAGUAUUUCCAUUAGCUUGGUUUAUAAACAGGGGCAACUUAAAAU